GCUCAUCCCCCAGGGUUCUGCCUAAACGUCCCGGGGCAUUUGGCGGAAGCUUUCUAGGUCCCGACCCUGCGAACGCUGGACCAGCAGAGGGCGCCAGGUGGGCCGCGGCCCCAACCCCAGGGCGGCGUUAUGGCCGCCGCGCGGGUGCUGCUUCUCUUGUCCGGGCGCGCGGAGUCGCCGAGCUUCGCCCAGAGUGUGUGUGGCCUCCUGGGCGCCGGGCCAGGGCUCGGGCCGUGGCCCACGCACUGCGGCUUGAAGCGAGGACGACUCGUCCUCUCGGACGGGCCAUUCCCAGGCUCCUCGGCCAGGCUUCCGCUCCAGCGACCCCCUUUCUGCCCUUUUGCGGCCCUGGACCAGCAGCUCAGGACUCCGGGGGCCGAGCUGCCCAGCAACCGAGGUGUGGAUCUGGGUGUGGCCGUCCUUCUGCAGUCCAGCGACCAGUCUGUCUUGUUAACGCGCAGGACACGCACCCUCAGCGUUUCUCCCAACGUCUGGGUACCCCCAGGUGGGCACGUGGGACUUGAUGAAGAGCUGUUGGACGGAGGGCUGCGAGAGCUUCAGGAGGAGACUGGACUACAGCUGCCCCACGGCCAGUUCUCUUGGGUCCCUCUGGGGUUAUGGGAGUCUGCCUACCCUCCUAGGCUGAGCUGGGGUCUCCCCAGAUACCAUCACAUCAUUCUCUAUCUACUCGUGGUCUCCUGGGAGUCACAACAGCAGCUGCAGGCCCGGAUCCAACCAAACCCAAGUGAGGUGAGCGCCUUUAUGUGGCUGGGACCAGAGAUAGCAGCUGCCGUGGCUGCUGCAGAGGAUGGGACAGAGACACUCACACAUCUUCCCCGGGACCUACCACCCUCUGUCCUCCCUCUCCUGCCAUGGCGGGAGGAUUCGGUGAAGUGGGCUAAGCCACAAGGCACAGCCCAGACAGGAGCUGUCACCAUGCAGUACAGUGGAACUAGGGGAAGACGAAAGAGCUCGACCCCUGGACUUGCCCACAUCCACGCUGCUGCGGACGACCCCGACCACAGCAGAAGGCAACGAGAGGGUCAGCGCUGGGACCAAGUUUGCCCUCAGGCUCUGGCUGCAGCAUCUGGGCAGGGCCUGCAAGCAAGAACGGAACCUGGGACCCCUUCCCCCACUUGCCCCAAACCAGGGAUCUGGAGAGUGAGGUGUGGAACUCCCUCCCCAACCUCCCUCCGAGACAUUCACAGAACAUUCACAACCUUUAUUGUGGAUAAGAACUUUGCUACAACUUUGGGAAUAAAAAGUAAAAUUACAACGUAGGUCUUAAGCCCCAGAGGAGCCUGAAAAAGGAGAAUGGGGAGAGCAUGAAGUCCUCCCACCUCCCAGAAAAGGUGCAGAAUGAGCCAGACCUAACCCUGGGGCCACGGGCCUUUAGAAGCUCAUGGCCCAAGCUGGUCAGCAUAGGAAACACUGUGCACUUAAAUAUAUAAAUAGAGAGAGACCCAGGCAAUAGGCCAGGCCCUGCUCCCAAACCCCUGGGGAUCAGAGCUAAGGCCUUAUCUCCUCCACAGUCACACUGGGAAGUAGGAAGCAGGGGAAGUCAUCUUUGGAGUAUUUUGGUUUUUCUUGUUUAUGUACAAAAAAAUCUGCAACCCAAAAUAGAGUUCUCUGUCCAUGUGUCGGCCUGUCUUAGCUUCUCCACUUGUCUGUCUGGCCGAAGAGAAUGGAAUGGACAUGAAGAGACCAUGGAUGUGGGGAAGGAACAGAACCAUAGGUUUGGGGAAGAGAGGGCUCUAGAGGACAAGAGAAAGGCCCCUGCUCUCCACCCCACCCCCAGGCUCUAGUGGAUUCAGCCCUUCCCCCAACUCACACCCCAUCACACACGUGCCUCCCGCUGCCUAGGUUAACAUACCCAAAGGAAUGUGCCAACCAUCUAAAGAACAUUUCCAAAAAUAGAACCCAAAUGUCCUUAAAAAGAGGUUAAAUAUUAACCCUUUGGGUGCUGGACUUGUCAGGCAGAGAUAAGGCCCAAAACAGGCAUCCAUGAAGAUCUUUCUGGCCUUUGGCCAAAGCCCCCUGAGGGGUUGGAGUGGCCAGGGGUCUGGACCCCACAGCACACUUGCUCAGUGAAGUUUCCAUAAUCCAAGGGACUCAGUCCAGGGAAAUGAUGUCUGACCGGCAUCCAGUCAAAGAGGGACCCGAGGACAGGGGUCCCGCAUGCCCCUCCCUCAAGGCCCCCCCAGGGGCCACAAUGCUACUGACGCGGCCAGGAGGGGGUGCUGGAGUGGUGCUGCGGUGAGAGCUCCCCAGUGUGGGGGCGAGUGGGCCCAGGAAGUGGGAAGGGGUCCCUCGGUACUGGAAGAAGUGGCCAAGGGCAUCCUGUUCGUCUAGCGAGGUGAUGACGGAGGGACCAUAGUGCUGGGAGGAAUCAAGGGCAGAGUUUAAGAUUUUCUCCUGACUUCACCCGGCCUCCCAGUCACUCAUCUCAGAAAUAGCCGGGGAUAAUUCAAAUCCUCCGGAUCCCAAGGUACCCUCUGAGAAGCAGGAGAGAUUCUCUUUCUUUCCCCUGCUUCCCCAUACCCUACCCGAUUCCCUGCCCUGAGACAGCCCCUCCAUCUUGCUAGGUUCUUGGCCUUGUGGGCGUCUGAAAUGUGUGGAAUGUCCGGCCGGGGCAGGCAUGGCGCUCAACUGCACGUGGGUGUGGGGGGGAGGUUGUGUGUGAAUAGUCAGGGGCAGGAUUCUAAAAACUCCGGAGACAGGACGGUAACAAGGGAUCAAAGAAGACAUGGGUGAGAAUCUGAAGAAGCACCAGUGGGGCCUGGGAGGGAAAUAAAGUGCCCACACCCUCCUUAGGCCCCCCAGCUCCCACCUUCCCUCACAGAGAGGCAGAUUUAGUUCUCAGGGGAAAGUGAGGGGGAGGGGACCCGUCAGUGCCUAGAUAGGAAGCUUCAGAGAUCUGAGAUCUUCAUGGGACAAGGGACCACUUACCUGACUCUCAGUCUGAAGGAAAGAAAAUAAAUCUAAACCUGGUAGGAAAAGAAAAAUCAAAAUCAGCCUCCUGUCUGACCUCUUCACGCCCCUCCCCCCAAAAUCCUUUGGAUUGUAGCCCCUUGCAAGACAGCCAGAAGGCUUUGAAAAGGAGCAGGGGUUCUGAUCUGCUUUUAAGGGCACAUGGGGCAGGGCAGAGCCCACCCUGUGGUCAGUGUCCUACCUUGGAUAUCCGCCCCCAGUGGGAAGGCAGGUGGGUACUCAUGUAGUGGGAGACUGGACAGGAAGUCCCCGCCCAGUGCACCCACGGCAGGGCUCCGUAGCACCGAAGAUGGCUGGUGACCAGAUGUCAGGACUCUGUGAGGAGAGAGGAGGAGCUGGGCAGCCAGCGAACGACAGACGCCCUCACCCAGCUCAGCUUCCUGAGUCCCCUCUCUGCCCCGGGGUUUGUCCAGUGAUCAGAAAGCAUUUCUGACUUCUUUCUCUGCCCCUUCUGCUGCGGACUCAGCCUAUUUCCUCAUACCCCUUGCUUCCAGGUAGAGCUGGAAUGGCAGCCGAGGUGACAGGACAGUGCUUUUUGGUCGGGGGCAGGUCCUCCUCAUCUGAUGAGCUCUCUAUUGUCAAGUCGAUAACUUCAACCUUCUUCUUACUCUCUGAUGGAUUGCCCUCUUGGACUGGGCUGUACUGGAGGCCUGUGGGUGGUAAGAGGACUGUGUCUCAGAGAAGAGGCCAUCCAAGACUCAGUUCGGCUGGGGGACAGGGGGUCACUCACCAUCCAGCCCAUACCCUGGCGGGGGGCAAACCUCAGAUGCCUCCUUCUUGGGUUUCAUUGGGCACCAGGAUCCAUCUUCCAUGAACUGUAUCUCAUCACAAUCCGAACAGGAAUUAAGUAUCUCCAUGAAUAAGCUGGGGGGAAGGGGAGAUACGGGAAUUCAUGAGGCUGGGAGAUAGCUGGGAACAGUAGCCAGGGAGUUCUGGGACUCACCUUCCUGAACCUCAGUUUCCUCAUCUGUGAAACAGGGAUAUUAUUCACCCCUACUCACCUCUCUUGAGUUGUCAGAAUCAAGUAAAGUAUGUAAAAGAGC